UGUUUUGGACUGAAAAGAAUACGUGCAUUUGUUGUUGAACCAUUGUCAACAAUGAUCCGCAUCUUUCAUGUCUUCGGUCACCGUUGCCAACUUGUUGUGUUACUUGUGCCUUAAAAGGACAGAAGAUUUGUUACCGAUCGUAAGUUUGUUGUAAAUGUUGACAUUUAUUGUCAAUGAUUUUACAACUUGUAACGUCGGCUAAGCAGGUAACGUAGCUGACUUGCUGUCCCCAGGCUAACAGCUGGUCGUUAGCCUGAUAACGGCUGCUGUUAUGGAAUCGGAAGCAGACCCCUCUUUAGCUGCCAUGGCAACACCAAGUCCCACUGCACCACUGAGGGAGUUCUGCCCCCUCUACUACCUGCUCAAUGCCAUCCCUGCCAAAGUCCAGAAGGGUUUCCGCUCUGUGCUUGUCUACCUGACGGCCCUUGACAGCAACAGUGACUACAUCGCAGUGGGCAGCAGUAUUAGCAUGCUUUAUUUGUACUGCAGGCGAGUCAGUCAGAUGAACAAAUACAAUCUAGAGGGAAAAUCAGAGGCCAUUACAGCAGUGAAGUUGCUGAGCUGUUUUGAUGAUCUGGUCGCUGUUGGCACGGCGUCUGGUCGUGUCACACUUUUUCAGCUUGUCUCUCAACUGCCUGGCAGGAACAAGCAGCUGAGGCGCUUCGACGUAGUCGGACUGCACAAGAGCACCAUCACCGCGCUGGCCUGGAGCGCUAACGGCAUGAAGCUGUUCUCUGGGGACGACAAGGGCAAAGUGGUGUUCUCCGCGGUCGACUUGGAUCAGGGUGUGUGUAACCCUGUGGUGUUGCUGGAGGAGCCUUCAGCCAUUGUGCAGCUGGAUUACAGUCAGAGAGUGCUGCUGGUCUCCACCUACCACAGAUCUCUGCUCUUCUACACCCAGGACCAGACUAUGCAACAGUUGGGCACCAAACCCCGCAAGAGUAAUGGCAAGUUUGGGGCCUGCUUCCAGCCAGCGCUGUGCAAGCAGAGUGACCUGCUGGUGUAUGCGGCACGUCCCGGCCUGCGUCUGUGGCGCACCGACGUGAAGGGCCGCGUGGAAGACACGCACGUGCUCAGGCCCCUCUUCAACCAGGAGGUCCCCCAGUUCCAGCUCUUCCCACGGCCAGGGCCCACGGGUGGCUACCGGCCCCCCGACCGGCAGCUGGGCCUGGUCAGCUGCUUCCUGAAGGAGGGCUGGGUGCUCAGCUGGAAUGAGUACAGCGUCUACAUCCUGGACUGCACCAAUCAGGUCAUAAUUGGUGGACUGGAGAGUAGUGGGGACAUUGUGUCCGUCUCCUGUACAGAAAAUGAGAUCUUCAUUCUGAAAGGUGAUCGGGAUAUUGUUCGCAUCUCCAACUGCCCUGAGGGCCUGUCCUCAAGCUUGUCGGAGCUCUCUAUGCGUCUCACCUCCCCUCUCUCCACCCCCACCGUCUUGCUCCCGCCAAAUGGCGCUGUGGAGAUGGCUCAGCCAAUCAGGACGAUGGCCAUCAUCGCCGAGCCCGAGGAGAGGGCGGAGGUGGAGCAGGUGGAGGAGGUGCAGGAGGACGGCACACCGGUGGGCACCGACGCGUACCGUGGCAUCAGCCUGACGGGGGAGUUGCUGGCGCUGAAGGGCACCAGCCUGGGCACCAGCAUGUGCACCAGUGAGUCACGGAGCCGCAGCAGCUCGCUGACCUCGUGGGACAGUGUGCCGGGCACAGGCGAGUAUUCGACCUCUGACCUCUCCAGCAGUCGCUACAGCAUGCUGACGCCCGAGGAGCUGCAGCAGGAGCUGGUAGUGAAGGCCAUCAGGGUGAAGAAGAGGGGCAAGAGGAGACGACAAGAGAGUGGUAGUCGUGGGAAUCGUGUGCUAGAGCGCAGCAGCUGGUCAGAGAGCAUGUUCGCGGGUGAGGGGUGCGGCGGGGAGAGUAGGGAGGCGGUCAGCACCCCCCUGAGCGAGCCCCCCUCUGACCCCACCAGCCUCCUGUACAGCAGCCUGGAGCUCCAGAGCUACGUGUCGCCCGACCAGGAGAGAACGCCAACAACCACCACCGACUCCAACAUCACCUUGGACCCCCUUGCCCCCACGCAGGACACCGCAGCAGACACAGACGCGUCUGCCACCCCAUCUGGCGCCACCCAGGACAUGGAAUGCCAGGUGGGCGUCGAGCGAGCAGGGCCUGACUCAGCAGCUUUGGCUGAGCAGAAACAGGGUGAGGACAGAAAGAGCGACUCGGCAGAUGGAGCUGAGAGUCAACCUGACCCUGAGGACCUGUCGGAGGAGGCGAAAUCUGACGUGGCCCAGGUGGUGACCCCGGAUGUGGACCUGCUACUGGAGUGCACCUUCUCCUACAUGCAGGCAUCCGAGGCGCCCGAGCCCAUGGAGGACAUGAGUUCAGUAUUCACAGAUCCUGCCGACGACGCCAACUCCUCGGACCCUACCCAUCCCCUGCACGCAGAGGCCUUGGAUCUGGAGUUCCCCAUCCGACCGCUGGGAUACUCUCCAUCGCCUGAGCCUUCUCCAUCGCCCUCUAGUGACGAGGAGGACAUCUACGGCCAUGGGCUACCUGGCUCAGCCUCCAGUGAGCGACUGAGGGAUGGGCUGGACGCUCUGAACUUGCAGGGGGCCAAGCAGAACGCACAAGAGGAGUCCAGAUUACACAAAGCAGAUCAGUUGGCAGAGAGCUGGAUGGGAUACUCAGGCCCCGGCUGUGGCAUCCUGAGCCUGGUGGUGACCGAGCGGCAUGUGUGGUGUCUGGACUUCAAAGGCGGCCUCUACUGCAGCCCACUGCCCAACAGCGGGCUCACUUGGCAGAAGUUUGAGGAGAACGUCCAGCAGGUGGCACUGUCCCCCUCAGGUGCUCUGCUAUGGAAGGUGGAACAGAAGACCAUGACGGCGUAUGCCUGCGGUAAGGUCACCAUCAAGGGGAAGAGGCACUGGUACAAGGCCCUGACAGAGACAGCCUGCGUGGCCCUCAGCGAGGACACAGCCUGGAUCAUUCGCACCAAUGGAGACCUGUACUUGCAGACAGGGCUGAGUGUGGACCGGCCGUGCGCGAGGUCGGUGAAGGUGGAGUGCCCGUGCCCGUUGGCACAGGUGUGUGCCAGGGGCGGGGUGGUGUGGGCACUGAGCGAACAGCGGGCGCUCUUCUACAGGGAGGGACUCAACGCCUACUGCCCCGAGGGAGAAGUCUGGAAGAAUGAUAAAAUCAGUGAGAACCAUGCCCUGGAGCCAAUGUGCAUAGCGUUGGGAGAGAAUAAUACUCUGUGGGCUCUGGACACCAAUGGAGGCCUGUGGUUCAGGACUGGCAUCUCCACCAAACUGCCCCAGGGAGAGGACCAGCACUGGUGGCAGGUGAGCAUCACCGACUACGUCGUGUUCGACCAGGGCAGCCUCUUCCAGACGCUCAUCCACGCCACACAGAGUGUUGCCACGGCGACGCGGGCCCCCGUGGAGCGCGUGGCUGAGUGCCUGCGCGUGGCAUUCCUCUCACAGCACUCGCAGUGCCAGCCCAGCCUGGUCAGCACCAACGCCAGUGGUGUUUGGAUCGCCUCCGGACGCAAUGACUUCCACGUGGCCAAGGGCAGCCUCAUAGGUACUUACUGGAGGACUGUGGUCCCUAGAGGAACAGCAUCUGCCACUAAGUGGGCGUUUGUCUUCUCCUCAGCUGUACCCUCUAAAGAAGGGAGCUUUCUGUGGCUGGGCCAGAGCAGGAAGGAUCUGUUCUGCAUGUGGGAUGGGGACCCACAGCUGCGCCCCUCCACCGUCCAGCUCCCACCGGAGACCGAGAUGGUGCACCUCUCCGCCUGCCGGGACGCCCUGUGGGGCCUGGACCAGCACGGCCGCGUCCACAUUCGCCCGCUGAGCGUGGGCUGCCCCACGGGCAUGCACUGGAUCCUGCUGGACCUCAACCAGCUUGGUCGCGCCAGGCUGGUGAGUCUGUCAUGCGGGAGCCAGAAUGUGUGGGGGUGUGACUCGUGCGGGAUGGUUUACUUCAGGGUGGGGACUCAGCCGCUCAAUCCCAGCAUGAUGCUCCCCGCCUGGAUCUGCAUCGAGUCACCCGCGCUGCCGGUUGGAGUGCAGCUGGUUCGGGUCCACACCAGUCCGAAUGACCGCAUGCUGUGGGCACUGGACAGCCGGGCCAACGUGCACGUGAGGGUGGGCAUUACUGAUGAGAUGCCGGUGGGCACAGACUGGGAACACAUUCCAGGUCUGCAGGCCAGCCAGCUGGCUGUGAGCAUGAGGACGGUGUGGGUGCGGUGCCCCAAUGGCGAGGUGGCUCGGCGGUACGGAAUUACAGACAAAAAUCCUGCAGGCGACUACUGGAAGAAGAUCCCUGGCCUGGUCAACUGGUUAACAGUGACUCCUCUGGAUGAGCUGUGGGCAGUGACUCCAGCCGGUUGCCUGACCCAGCGCCUCACAAAGGCUUUGCAGCCCCAAAGCCCCAAACCGCACCCAUCCACUGGCUCCCUGAGCACCGAUGACCUGGAGGACGAGUGGGAGGUCAUCUAACCCCCCCCCCAGCCUCCAACCACGCCGUCAUCCAGAUAGAACUCUUUGGCGUACUGAUGAAGGCUUUGCUUUUGUUUACAACUCUCUUUGUCUUCCGUCUUCUAUGGUUCAUUUUGAUUCCGUUGCUCCCUCAACUCCUAGUUAAGAGAGUGAAGUUUUAUUUAGUUUUUAAUUUCGGUUAUUUCGUUUUUGUCUCCUAUGCUGUUUCGUUCUGUAGCCCCUUAUCCAACCACGAGCCCUGUGUUGUGUGUCCAGUCACACCAUGCCACUGCUGAAAUGGUUGGGUUUGAUUGGCUAGUAUGCACUUUAAUUGUUUUCUUUCUAGCCUGUGUAAAUAACCAUGUGGUUACAAAAGGGAUUGGCCAUGCUUGGUAGGCAUGACUGGUUCAAGUGUGGUUGUUGUUUUAUGCUGUACAGACUUAUGAUCACUCAACUGAUAUUGUAGCUCAUCAAAAUUGGUCUUAAUCUACCCAUUUUAAUUGUGGAAUAAUUUAUUACAUCUUCUCUAAAAGACAUUAUCUUUUUUAUUACAAGAAGGAAUUAUUUUAAAAGGAUCUGUGAGGUACCAAUUAUGAGAAGUCAGUCACCAUCACAAAGUGAGAGACACUGGAGGACUGAUCAUGGCCGUUAUUAACUUUACUUGACAUAGUGUUCUGAAUCAAACAAGUCCAGAUACCCAUAGUAUUGAGAAAUCAAGACAAAAUGGUUAGACUUGUUGCAGUUUUGUACUCCUCUAAGAACAGAUUGAUCAGAAACAGCCUGUGACACCGUUAUCAUGUAUAUGCAACCGAAUGAGAAUCACUAUAUGUCAAAGUAGCUUUGAGGAUGACGUAGGGAAUUAUGUAAAUAUCAUACUCAUGGGAAAAGAGUAGCUGUACUAGAUAGUGUACAAGAAAUAGUGUGUAUGUAGUGCAUACUAGUCAUGGGAAGUACUGUACUACAUUCAAGAGAUAGUGUGUAUGUAUUGCAUACUAGUCAUGGGAAGUACUGUACAAGGAAACUCCAGAGUGGCAUUUCCCAGUUUUUUUUUUUUUUUUGUUUUAAUUUUCCUCAGAACAUAACCAGGGUAUACAUCUGUAAAGCAUUUUAAUAUAUGCCAUUUUAAGAUGGUUGCUGUCUAACCUCUAACACUUCACUCUUUACAUGUGAAAGGGAAAAUGAUGUUAACAGAAGUAUCUGUUUGUGAAAGAUGAUUGUUGUUUCAUGCUGGACAAUUGUCUUUGUUUUUAUGAUAUGCACUGGCCUUGUAACAAAUGAAUGAAGUUAUGUGUGUGAAUUUAUAGGAUUUAUUAGUGUGUGCGGGGGGUCUUCUUCAUCUGCUUUGACUUUUAGUAUGGACGUGGGGUUUUGAACAGCUUCUACUCUAAGGCUGGCUGCUACUGCCCAUGGACUGACUGCAUGAUGGCCAUUGUGAAACUGUGAAAAACUGGGGACGGCUUACCCGUCCGAGCUUGGCUUUGUGCUUUCUCUUCCUUCUCAUGCUGAUAAGCCUGAAACAAGUCAUUCCCAUAGGGGGUCUCCUGAAGCGCCAGCCACAAGGGUGCAGUCACAAUGGCCUCAUUCACACAAAAUGCCAACAAGUUAGAGGUUGCAAUUGUGUCAGGUUGCAACACUGUUGAUCACCUAGGCACUGAUCACUGUUGAUCACUCUCAACAUAAUCUUUGCAACAGCACUUUUGUUCCAGCUUUAUCUACCUUUUAGGUGUGAGGUAUUGAUUGGAGAAAUGUUUGAAGGACUGUGCUGAACAAGUAUUUGAUUGUCUCACUUAAAGUAUCUCUGGUUUCUGUUGGUUUCCUGUCUUAAGGAAAAAAACAUCAAGUAUUCAAACUGUUGACUUGAGUGUUCCCUUAUCAUGCAGACAGAUAGUCAGUCUUUCCUUCAUUUUGUCAUGAAAUACACAGGAAAUGUUUGCAGAUACAGGAAGUCGGACAGAAUAGUGCUGUCUCGGGCACUGUAAUUGCCUGCCAUGGUCAUUCUUACAUAGAUCCAAAUUGACUUUUGACUUAAAGUGUCUUUCCAAAUGGAUAUCCAAAGAGAUCACUACUGAUUAUGUCAAGAGGACAGUUAUCGCUGGUUACUGGUUGUGCUUGUGGUGAUAAAAUUUGAUCUAGCCUUGGCUGCCACUGUAUCUGUUGCAUAAGAGGCGACUGCUGUGCAGCCUCGUCAAGAGUGCUUGGAAUGGAUCACCCAGUGGCCAAGCUUCAAGAGAACCCCCCUCUGCCCUCCUGUGGAGUUCAUAUUUCUCAACCCUCUGCCUCUUCUGCCCCAGGAAUUAACACAAUAACAUUAACCCUCCCCAGUGUGCUCCAUAGUAUGUAUGCCUGACUUAGUCAGCAAUGCAGCUAACAGAAUGAGUUAAAACACCAAUGACUCCCUGCUCUGUACUUGAUCCAUGCUUCACAAACUUCACAAAUAAAGAUGUUUACAAUU